AUGUCCAUAACAUUCGAAAACGAUAUUGCCGACGACGGUGUAGAAAACGAACUCGGUCUUUUUGAUGACGACGAUCCUUUUAAUCUUCCUCCACCUUUACCUCCUCUGUCGCCUCAACGAGAUGACGAUCCAUUCAACCAAAAUGGCGACAGAGAUCAAACUAAUGCCGACGACAAGACAGAGCCAAAUAAAAAACGAAGAGUGAAGAGAUCGCCGAGACCGAAGUUAGACGAAGUUAGGUAAGUGUCGCUAGUUGUGUUGCAGUUCUACUGAGUGUUCGUCGGGAUAGGAAGGAAAUGUAAUCUCAUGAUUGAUCACGAUCAGAUCGUGUCGUAAGUUUAAUAGCGAGUAGUGCGAGGUUUAAUUGCUCUAUCCAGCUCUAUUGGAUCCUAUAUCCAUCCUCUUUCCGAGUAUAAGCUUACUUAAUACAGCUAAAAAGGAGGGUGGUUGUGUUUAUAUGAAUCUAGGUAAGCUUUGGUAUUGUGUUAACCAUAUGCACAGAAGAACAGAACCAAUUUUGAUUUCCGCACUUCCCCUCACCCACCCCCCAAGGUUCUGGAGAGGAAGGCUGGCAUUGACGCUAGUAAAGUUUAGAUGUAGAGAUACUGUAGAGGAUUUGUGACCUAUCCCAGUUUUAAGAGUAAAAGAAACUGAAACCGCAACAGCUUAAUACAAUACUUGGUCAAGAACCUUGACCAAGUACCUUGGAUAUACCCCUUGUCCCCAAUCCACUCAGAGUCCAUAUUCAUCAGGCCCCGGUUGUUCAAAGGUUGGAUAGCCCUAUCCUCCGGAUAAAUCACUAUCCAGUGGAUAGCAUAAUUGAUUUCCAUAGUACUUAUCUGCUGGAUAGUGAUUUAUCUGGUGAAUAGCGCUAUCCAAUGUUUGAACAUCUGUAGCCUGCAUAGCAGGCACUUGGAAGUAGUGGGUGCAAGAAAAAGUGGACGCAGGAGAAGGAGACAUGCGAGGGGAGAGGGAGCGUUCCCUCACCCCUCGUGUGUCUCCCUUGUGUGUGCCCAUUCUUUCCUGCGCCCACUACUUCCAAGAGCCUGCUACGCAGGCUAGAACAUCUGGGACCAGGUCCUCCACCCCUUGUCUGUCUCCUACCCUUAUUGUCUACUAUCCUGACUUAUGCCAAAUUUAGAGCCACUUCCUUGUUUCCUCCAUGAAUACAUGUUGGUUUGGUGGUAUUAUUUUAAAAAAUCAUGCAGAGAAACUUCCCUUUCUGAGCGCAUCCUUCCCCAAGAUCUUUGCAAUGGUGUAAAUGGUGAUAACAUAAGAUAAAAAUUUUCAUGUGAAGUUAGCACAACUGGGCAGGGACAUUAUUAUCAGUUAAAGAAUUCUGACAGUAUCUGUACCCAGAAAUUGUGGCACUGGAGGACAGAUUUUACCAAGGAUUUUGUAAAAUUUUAACACAGUUUCAUACAAAACAGAGGCUACCCCUUGGGUGGUUUGACUUCUAAUACACCUUUGAUAGCCACCAGAAAAAGAAAUUUAACAUAAUAGUAGCUCAGAUAUUGUUGUUGUUGUUUUCUUUGAAGUGUUAAAAACCUGAAUUAAACGUCAUAGGUUGUGUAGUGAUCGUGGAAUUCCUGCUCUACAGCAUAUUUGUGAUGGUAUCAAGUUCAAAGGCAAAGGACAUGAGGUAAGAAGGACAGCAGCAUGAGUCAAGUGUCAUAAUUUGUUUGUAAAAGUUGUCAUAAAGCUGUUAUCAAGAAAACUGAUUGCUAAUCAAUUUUCACAUCUCAGACUAGCAUGAAGUUUUAACUGUGGAGAAGUUUCACUGAGUUUUCUUUUUCUCAGGCAAGUGAUCUCAAGCUUCUGAUGCAGCGUUAUGAACACUGGGCGCAUCGCUUGUUUCCAAAGUUUCCGUUCACAGAUGUUGUAGAUCAAGUAGAAAAUUUGGGCAACAAAAAGCUUGUUCAGGUAUGGCAAGGAAAAAGCUGUUAAGUUUCCAGAGAAAAUCCUGAGGAGUACAUGUAGCAAAUAUUCAAUCCAAGAUGCCAAGAGCCUUGUUUGCAGUAAACAACCCAUCAUUGAUCAGUGCUGAUUUUGAUUUUAUAGUGCAGUCACACCCUGUUAAUAGGGACACUGAAGGGACCAUAGAAAGUGUCCGUAUUGAGCAGGUUGAGUCAGCAUGCAAAGAAAGUCCUGUCCAAUAAUUUGGGGCUGGUGGAUUUUGCUAUUGGGCUAGUGAAUUCUGUUCUUAAAUUGUCCGAUGGGCGAGUGAAGUGUUUGGGGGAUUCAAAUUACAGAAGAACAUACUGAUAUCAAUCCUGCUCAUCAACAUAUCUUUUCCGGCUAGUGAAAUUGACUCUUGCGCCAGUAUGUGCUAAUUGCAGCUUGUCCAAAUGGCAAGCUGUAAAAUUGACUUUCUUGGCACCCUGUGAGUUUGGAGAAAAUGUAAGGGCUUUCUUUCUCUAGGGACAAAGCAAAUGGUCCGUAACAUUGAGGUGUCCAUAUUAAGUGGGUGUCUGUAAAGCAGGAUUUGACUGUAUCACUU